GCAAUUUACUGGGGGGGAAAUUUUGGAACGAAGUCCAUGAACCACCUGUGCAUACGCACAACCAGUGCCUUGGACUUUCUGCUUUGUUUGCUGAGGGAGCUGACAUCUGUUUCCCAGCCUGUCCGGAACCUCUGUACAGAUUCUGGGCUGGGAUGGCUGAGAAGUUGGAUAUCUAUUAACAGAAUGGACUCAUAGCCCUGCCACUCUGAGCUCGGAGGGUUCCUCUUUCAGACAGACUGGACAGCAAGGGAAGGGUGAGCUGCAUUCUGAGUGCACAGCAAGCAUGUGGCUCUGGCUGGCACUGGCCGUCCUGGCGUACUUCGUGAUACGAUGGUACCGGGAGAGGCAGACCGUGGACAACCUCAGGGAGAAACACGUCCUCAUCACGGGCUGCGACUCGGGCUUCGGGAACCAGCUCGCCCGGCAGCUGGAUCUCCUGGGGCUGCGCGUGUUGGCGGCCUGUCUCACGCAGGAGGGCGCAGACAAGAUGGAGGAGGUCACAUCUGAUCGGCUGAAAACCACCAUUCUCGACGUCACCAGCACGGAGAGUGUGGCGGCAGCAACUGAGUGGGUGAAGGAGCAAGUGGGCCACAGAGGUCUCUGGGGCUUAGUGAAUAAUGCAGGAAUUCUCCUCUUCAUGGGCCCCAAUGAGUGGCUGACCAAGGAUAACUUUAAGAAUGUCCUGGAGGUCAACCUGCUCGGGGCCGUUGAUGUGACGCUGCACUUGCUGCCCCUAUUGAGGAAAGCCCAAGGAAGAGUGGUCAAUGUAAGCAGCAUUGCUGGAAGAGUGGCUUACAGUGGAGGAGGCUACAGCCCUUCCAAAUUUGCACUGGAAGCGUUCUCAGAUAGCCUUAGACGUGAACUGCGUCCUUUUGGGGUCAAAGUCAGCAUCAUUGAGCCAGGCAAUUUUCAAACCGGAAUAAAAGUCCUGCCACCCACCAUCUUAUGGAAGAAAUUGCCUGCAGAGAUCAGAGAACUCUAUGGAGUGGAAUAUCUGAACAACUUUCACAAGAUGUUCUUUGGCUCCUGGUGGAUUAAUAAAGAUAUGCAUCUGGUCACAGACUGCAUGGAGCAUGCGCUGAUCUCCCGUUAUCCCCGCACCCGUUAUGCUGCUGGCUGGGAUUCCAAAUUUAUCUUCAUCCCCCUCUCUUACUUGCCAGCCUCUUGGGUGGACUACAUUACAACCUACAGUGGGGUGAAACCAGCGAAAGCUCUCUAUUGAUCAUGGUUUCUACAACAGCCAGAUCAUGCAAGUGCUGAAGAAUAUGGAUUCUUGCGAGGUGCCUUCUGCUUCCUUACCUGCCAAACAGGCACCUAGCCAAAGCUGGUUCUUACUUUCUCGUUUCUUCUUCACACAAAUGUUUGAAACACAAAAAUUGUACAUGAAAUCUGCAUCUGGCCCAACCCUGACCUCAAGCCUAACCCUGAAGAAUUUCCAGCAUUGUAACAUCCCAGUAACUGAAGGAUAUAUAACAUGUGAAGAUAAAAACAAUAUGAGAGCACAGUUUGGCCCAUGCACGAAGAUCUACAGGCGAGGGCUGUAUGUUGCCAUCUGACAAGAGGGGCAUUCCUUGGUGGGACCACCCCAGCCAGGGAAUGUUCCCAUCAGAGACUUCCAGAAGGUCCUGCUUUAACUGUGCAAUCUAGACAGCAUCGAGACCACCAGAAGAUUUCAGGAAAUAAUUCCAAAGUUGGACUUGGGAGCCUGACCUCAGAGCACCCCCCCCCCCCCCCCACAGCUGGCCCCAGAAGAGCUACAUGGGCUGCCAGGUUGCAGAUGUGACCUUGGGAAAAGGGUCCAUUCCAGGGAGAGGUGAGGAAAGAGGCACCACUGUGAUAUGAAGUAUUCUUCCCUCCCACUUCAAGGUACCUCCCUCAGAUGCCCAAAAUCGGGCAUCUAGCUGAGUUGGGAGGCAGGGGACACCCUGGCUUCCAUUGGAUGUGUGCAAUCCUCAAAAAGUGAAGGACUACACAUACCCUGACGGGAUUGUGCCUCUACUGUCCGUGCACAGCUAAUUCAAAGAGCUUUCUCAUUUUACCACACUUUUCAGAAGCAACUUUAAACUUCCUAAAUGUUUUGAUAGCAAUUGCAUAAUUUUGUGACGUUUACUUAUUGGUCAGAAAACUUGAACACCUACUUAUCAUGCAAAUAAUAAGAAGAAAAAUGUAUGAGGUAUGUUAGAAUUGUUUAUUGAAUCAAAGGAAGAAUGGAAGACACAUUUACACCAAAAAUAGCCCUAAGCCUUCAACUGUCUAAUCUAUACUGGCUACAACUUACUCCAUCAUGACAGCCACCACAGAAAUCCUGACCAACCAGCACCUCCUUGUUGAGUGAGGAACCCCAGUCCAGAACAAUGACCCAUCCAACUACCAACAGGCCCCACCCUAAGGUGCCGUAGAAGCAGAAGAUGCUCAGGCAUUGAAUAUUUUCUGGUCAACUAGGCCUGGUGGGAAAAUAACUAUGUAUACAGAAACAUAGAAACAGAGCAAGUCAGAAGGAGCCUCCCGGACCAUCUAGUCUGACCCCCGGCUCCAGCCG